CGGCGGGCGCGGCAACGUCCCCCGGAAGUGGAGCCUGGGACUUCCACUCGUGCGUGAGGCGAGCGGAGCCGGAGACGAGACUAGAGGCCGAACUCGGGAUCUGACAAGAUGGCCGGGCUGCCCCGUAGGAUUAUCAAGGAAACCCAGCGUUUGCUGGCAGAACCAGUUCCCGGCAUUAAAGCAGAACCAGAUGAGAGCAACGCCCGUUAUUUUCAUGUGGUCAUUGCCGGCCCUCAGGAUUCCCCCUUUGAGGGAGGGACUUUUAAACUUGAACUAUUCCUUCCAGAAGAAUACCCAAUGGCAGCCCCUAAAGUACGUUUCAUGACCAAAAUUUAUCAUCCUAAUGUAGACAAGUUGGGAAGAAUAUGUUUAGAUAUUUUGAAAGAUAAGUGGUCCCCAGCUCUGCAGAUCCGCACAGUUCUGCUAUCGAUCCAGGCGUUGUUAAGUGCUCCCAAUCCAGACGAUCCAUUAGCAAAUGACGUAGCGGAGCAGUGGAAGACCAAUGAAGCCCAAGCCAUAGAAACAGCUAGAGCAUGGACUAGGCUAUAUGCCAUGAAUAAUAUUUAAAUCGAUUCGAUCGUCAAGCGUGCAUCACUUCUCCUGUUCUGCCAAGACUUCUUCCUUUUUUGUUUGCAUUUAAUGGACACAGUCUUAGAAACAUUACAGAAUAAAAACCCAGACAUCUUCAAUCCUUUGGUGAUUAAAUGCACAUUAGCAAAUCUAUGUCUUGUCCUGAUUCACUGUUGUAAAGCAUGAGCAGAGGCUAGAAGUAUCAUCUGGAUUGUUGCGAAACGUUUAAAAGCAGUGGCUCCUCUCUGCUUUUAUUCAUUUCCCCCAUCAUGGUUUAAGUAUAAAGCACUGUGAAUGAAGGUAGUUGUCAGGGUUAGCUGCAGGGGUGUGGGUGUUUUUCUUUAUUUUAUUAUUAUUAUUUUUUUUUUGGUGGGGGGGGGAAGGUAGUUUUAUUUUAAUUUUAUGGGCUCCUUUCCCCCUUUUUAUGGUGAUCUAAUUGCAUUGGUUAAAAGCAGCUAACCAGUUCUUUAGAAUAUGUUCUCUAGCCAAGUCUAACUUGAUUUAGACGCUGUAGAUGGACAAGCUUGAUUGUUCGAACCAAAAUGGAAACAUUAAACAGACAUCACAGCCCUCACUAAUAACAUUGUGACCUUGCUGUCAAGUGUAGAAUCCUCCCUUCAAGAAAAAGCUUGUGACCAUUUUGUAUGGCUUGUCUGGAAACUCCUGUAAAUCUUAUGUUUUAGUAAAAUAUUUUUUGUUAUUCUA